AUGGCCGCCUGCGAGGAGGAGGGCGGCUGGGCCGGCGGCCUGCUCGUGUGUGUGUCCUCGAUGCCGAGGGAGCAGCGCGCCCUGGUGCAGCAGCUGAUUGAGAGGGCGGGGGGCAGCUACUCCCCCAACCUCUCCCGGCGCUGCACGCACCUGGCGGUGCCGGUCAGUGCCCUGCUGCCGCCCGCGGGCGGCGGCGGCGGCGGCGGCGCCGUUUCAGACAAGCUUCGGUCUGCGCUGCGCAACCGGCACAAGUGGGGCCUGGAGGUUGUGGACCUCAGAUGGGUGAUGGACAGCGCAGCGGCGGGGCAGCGGUUGGACGAGUCCCUAUUUCAGCUUCCAGCCGACCUGCUCGCUCUGGCGGCGCCGGCUGUCGCCGCCCAGGAGCAGGCCGCACCCAACGCCUUGGCCGGCGGGCUGCGAGCGAGCUGGGAGGCUAGCAAAGGCAGCAUGCUGGUGGCCGACACAUAUGCUGCGCCAGCUGACCAGCGCGGGCGGCAGCAGCAGCAGGUGGCAGAGAGCGGCGGCGGCGGCGCCGUGUUUGCUGGGAUGCUGGCGGUUUGCGACGCCAGCCUGGCGGUAGAGGAACAACAGCGCGUGUGUGCUGCGCUAGAGAAGGGAGGCGGGCGAGUUGCCGAGGGCGGCGGACUGUGCCGCGGCGUGACGCACGUGGUGUGCCAGCCAGAGGCAGCUCUGAAGUGGUUGUCCAUGGGCGUGGGCAUUGUGUCGCCGCGGUGGGUGCUGCAGUCGCUACGCAGCGGCAAGCAGCAGCGCUGCCUCACCGUGUCAGCAGAUGCCUCGCGCCACCUGCCAUCGGCGGCAGCCGCCAGUGGCAGCAUCUUGGCGAGCAACAGCGGGCACGCGGGCAGCCAGGCAUGCAGCCAUGCCGGCAGCGACGGCGCACAACAGCAGCGGCACCAGCAGGGCCUGAGCAGCGAGCUUCUUUCCAGCAAGGCGGCCCGGCAGCACAUGCUCGGCCAGCUGGCAGGCGGCAGCGCUGGCGGCGAGGCUGCUGGCGGCGGCGCCGUGUUCGGCCCGUCUGGCGCUGCCGCCAAUGGUGUGCCCUCUGCAGCACACCAGCUGGCAGCUACACCAGCAGAGCUUCUCACUGGGGUGCUGUGGUCGGUUCUGGACCCGCCCGCAGCUGCCAGGCUGGAGCGGCGGCAGCGGCCUGCCGAGGAGCCUGCAGAUGAGGAAUAUCCGCUCAUCAUCCCAGACUCGGAAGAGGAGGAGGAGGAGAUGGAGGGUGCCAGCCUGUGCUGCAUCACCGCCAGCCAGGCGGCGGUGCAAGACUUGGUCCAGCAGGCAGCCCCAGGGCCCACGGUCGACGGCUUUGCACCAGGCGGCGGCGCCGCAGCGGGGCGGCACGCGGCGGGCCUGGCGAGCGGCAGCGCCUGGCAGCAGGCUGUGGCGCUUCACGGGGUGGGGCAGCUGACGCUGCUGCUGCCGCGCGACGCUCGGGGAGAGCUGGGCCUGGAAACGCGGUGCAUCCCGCUGGCUGCAGUGGGGCGCGGCCCCGCCGGUGGGGGCAGCGCCCAGCAGCGGCAGCUCACCGCUGCGCAGCUGUUGGAGCUGGUACACAGCUACUACCAAGAGCAGAUUGGCUGCGAGGAGCAGCUGCAGCUGCUGCAAGGCUUCCCGGCCGCCUGCAGCACGGCGGCGGUGCUGCGCCCUGCCUUCCUGGAGCUGGCACCAGUGGCGCGUGGCGCGCUGCUGGGGCCUCGGUGCAGCUUCGAGGGGCUGCGCAAGGCGACCCGGGAGCCGGCUGGUGCGGUGUACGAGCUGCAGCUGGGCUGCUAG